UUUAUUUAUUCAUUCAUUCAUUCAUUCAUUCAUUCAUUCAUUCAUUCAUUCAUUCAUUCAUUCAUUCAUUCAUUCAUUUAUUUAUUUAUUUAUUAUCUAUUCAUUCAUUCAUUCAUUCAUUUAUUCAUUUAUUCAUUUAUUCAUUUAUUCAUUCAUUCAUUCAUUCAUUCAUUUAUUUAUUUCAUUUAG